UAUAUUUUUUAAAGUUUUAAAGCUUUUAAAGCAAAAGUUGGCCCCUUCCCUCUCCCAGAGUGGGCAGCCCCUCCCCUCUUUCAGAGUGGGUGGGAACAGCAGGUGCAUGAGUAGCUUUCCUUAUGAGCCAGGGGUCCUUCUGGACACACUGCUGCCUGGCCACGCCCCUUUCCCUUUCAUGGUUCUCCUUGACCAAUAGGCUUGGAGCAUUAAGGCCACGCCCCUAUUCUACAUUCUACUGGUGCCCUGGUUACCACUCCUGUGGCUCAGUCACACAGCUGCCUGGUAGGUGACUGGAGGUCUUGAUCAGUGCUCGCUGGGAUUUCGCUGUUGUGGCCCCAACCCCACCUCCCUUUCCCGCCCCACGAUGGCAGAAGAAACUCCGCAGAGCAGAUUGGCCGCAGCCAAGAAAAAGGUAAAAACGCACCAGGUCAUGGCCCCCAACCCAGCUACAGAUCCCCUCCGACGACAAGACUGCUGCCAGAGCCCAUAUCACUGCUGAGGUACACUGGACAGGGCCCUCCAAUGCAGGUGCCUCUGGACUCCCCCCGCAAAAGUCUUGUCAGUCAGCCCUGCCCCUUCAGCAUCAGCCCAGUCCCUGCCCUCGCCCAUCACUCCAGGGUGACUUUGGGCCGGUGACUCCUGGGGCUCCCCUCUCCAUUACUAGGCUCUCACCUCCUGCCGACCCAAGCUCGACCUCCCUGGGCUCUUUGCGCUCUUGUCUCCAAGAACCUGGGUUCCCCAGCCCCAGGCCCCACCCUCGCCAGUCAUCCCUGGGUGACUUUGGGCUGGUGACUCCUGGAGUUCCCUGCUGCAGACUCUGCCCUCCUCUCCUGCUGCCUCAAGGUCAACCUCCCUGGGCUCUUUGCGCUGGCGUCUCCAAGGUCCUGGGUGUCAACCCUGUGUUUCCCUCCCCCAUCGUGGAGUGGUAACUCGGACAUUGCACUGAUGUGGUCCCUCCCCCCAAUCAGGAGGAGUGGAAUGUAGUGAUGUCACAGUCUGCCUGGGAACUGUCAUUACUGGAAGACCGGCCUUUGAUCUUAUGACCCAGUCCCCUAAGUGUCCCCACCCCAUUUCUGGUUCCUCUGCUCACAGUGCAAAUUUCCAGCUGGAAGGGGAAUGGAGACUGUGGGACCUAGGAGCAAAAGGUUCCAGGCUGCCUCACUCCCUUAACAUCGACCUUGACGGGGGGAAAGCCUACACUUCCCCUUUAAAAGAAUAUUGGCACAGAAACAGCCCUGCUGUUCCAGCAGAAGCAAAGAGGAACAGGAAAACAAAUGGCAGUAGCCCUGAGACAUCCACUUCUGCUGGUUGCCACUCAGCUCGGGAUAGCCCGUGCCAAGAACAAGCGGUAGUCCUUGACUCGAGGUCCGUCAAAAUCAGUCGACUGAAUAACACAAUCAAAUCUUUGGAACAACAGAAGAAACAAGUGGAACAUCAGCUGGAAGAAGAAAAGAAGGCAAACAACGAGAAACAGAAAACCGAAAGGGAGCUAGAGGUUCAAAUCCAGAGAUUGAACGUACAGAAAAAGAAACUAAUUAUUGACGUGUAUCGCACGAAACGCUCUCUCAUAUACUUUGAAGAAGAGUCGAAGGAUCUGGCUGCCCGCCUGCAACGUUCAUCGCAGCGUACGGAAGAGUUAGAGCGGGCUCUGUCUGCUGUCACCGCCACACAGAAGAAGGCGGCGGACAAGUCCUCGAGCCGCAGUGAAACACUUCUCAAGACGCAGUUAGAGCGGUCCUUACAGGAGCGGGCACUGCUGAAAGCGCACGUGACACAGGUGAAGGAAUCGCUGAAGCUAGUACAGCUACAGAGAGAUGAAUAUGCUGAACAUAUAAAAGCAGAGAGGGCCCAGUGGCAGGAGACGAUGAGGAAAAUGUCCCAGGAGCUUUGCACCUUAAAGAAGGAGAAGCUGCAUGACAUGCAUCGGGUGGAGGAGCUGGAGAGAAGCUUAUCCCAACUCAAACACCAGAUGGCUGAACCCCAGCCCCCGGAGCCCCCAGCAGUGCCCCCUGAGGAGGAGCUGCAGCACCUGAGGAAGGAACUAGAGAGGGUGUCAGCAGAGCUCCAGGCCCACGUGGAAAACCAUCAACACAACAAUGAGAACAAGUGCGCACUGCACUUGGAGAUGCAAGUCGAAGAGCUGCAGGAGAAGCUGGGCCAGGUGAAUGAGACAGGAACCUCGAUCCAGAAGGAGCCAGAGGCAGCGGUCCCAGCCCCAGGGACUGGGGGCGAGUCUGUGAGUGGGGAGACCCCCCAGGCCCUGCAGGAAGUCAUGGAGAAGCUGGAGAGCGGCCUUAUGGACCUCCUAGAGGAGAAGGCGGACCUGAGGGAGCGUGUGGAGAAACUAGAACAUCGAUUCACGCAUUACUGGAGGGAGAGAUGCCAUCAGAAAAUUAAACACCUUAUAACGGAGCCAGAGGGCUGUGCCACAGAGGCCACACCGGGAGGAGGACAUCAUCAGGCUGGCCCAAGACGACGAGAUGAAGGUGGAGCUGCUAGAGCUGCAGGAGUUGCUGUUGCGGCUGGUGCUGACCGCAACAAAGGGCACAGAAAAUUCCUGGCCGCUGCCCAGAGCCCUGAUAAUGAGCCCGGUCCAGGAGCCCCACCCCCCCAGGAGCUUGGGGCUGCCCACAAGCAUGGUGAUCUUUGUGAGCUGAGCCUCAGCGACAGCGCCAAGACUGGGCAAGGAGAGGCCACGGAGGGGUCUCCCCACGACAACCCCACUGCACAGCCCAUCGCGCAGGAGCACCAGGAGCACCAGGAGCACCAGGAGCAUCAGGAGCACCCAGGCUUGGGCAGCAACCGCUGCAUGCCGUUCUUUUGCUGGGCUUGGCUGCGGAGAAGAAGGAGAUAAACAUCACCGUCAUCAAAGAGCUGAUCAAGACAUUUUUUAAAAAGAAACUUAUAGGGUUGAUCUCCUACACAAUUCAUUUACUUCAUUCGAAUGUUAGAGCUAUUCAUGUUUAUUUGUGUUUCUAAUUUAUACUUUAAGUUUAUUUGUAAAAAGUUAAAAGAGAGUGGGUCUCUGUGGCCUUCACUGAGGUUCACUCUGGCAUCCUUUAGCAUUUUUCGUUUUUAAUUUCAUAAUUGUAGGUCAUUAGCAUGCAUAUCGAGUUCGCCCUUAUGUGGUGGGAGUUCAAACACCCAAAGACCCACUGUUUGCACAAAACUGUUCUCGCUGGUUUGGAACAGGCUGCCAUGCUUUUUUAAUGUUAUUGCAGCAUGUAUGUUCAUUACAGAAUUCAGAUAAAAUUUGCUUAUAUUCUGCUAUUAUGUUGGAGCUAAUCUUAAUCACAGUGAGCCCUUCAUUAGCUCAAUAUGCGGUUUGCCCUCAAGUGUGCACUGUUGAUUACUUUGUAAUAGAUGCCACCGUGAGUACUGACGUUAGAGUUGUUUAAAGGUGGAGAACUGGAAACAGCCUUUCCCCCAUUUUCUGUGUACUGGUGAUGGGAGUAAUAAAUUCUUUCAAAGGUACUGUUAUCGUUCAAAUAACUUCCCUUUCACCCUGAUAAAUAUCAGUGACUGGGCAUGACCUUCAGAUAGUGUUUAGCAUCUGUGACCAAUCUGAACAUAAUGUGUUGAUCAGGUGCCGAUGGGUUAAAUCACACGCUGGUAUAUUUCAGCUGAAUGUCCGUCUGGAAAAUAAAUUUACUGUAUUAACUGAAAUUCCAUUCUUUGUGUAGGUAUUUGUCAUAUAUUUAAGAAAAAGCUAAAAAGAAUGGAAAUGGUGUGACAAUAACGUAAGUCUUCAAAGUGCACGCAGUCUUUUGCGAUACCUCAUUCAGCCAAGUAUUUGUGCUCUUCCUCAUUCAGUGUAAGGCAGCUUUCAAUUUGCUUAGAAGGCAACAUUGGAAGGUUAGAGUUCAUCAGAAACAUAGAAUUUUAAAAUGUGAGUUCAACUGAAUAAAUGUGAAAGUAUUUGAUUAAACCUGAUAGGUUUUCCAGAAAUGGAAAAAACUCAGCUCUGAAACUUUUCUAAGCUGAUUUUUAGAAAAUUUGAAAAUGUAAAUCAGCCCUAUGCAUAAUAUAGUUUCUCUAAAACUUUAUCUUAAAGAGUCAUUUUAAAAUAAUAUAACUAUUAAAAAAUGUAACUGCUAUCUUAGUGUUCUGAAAUAAGUUAAAACAUUUUAAAAUAUGAACACUGUAGUUUAAAAGAACGAAACGGUGGGAAGGAAAAGUAGAGAAAGAAAUGCCAAUUCCAGCCCAAAGCUUUAUUUGCCAAGUUUUCUUAGAAUGAAUUUUACCAAUUUAUGAAUUCUUGUAAACAGAAUUUAUACUGGAAAUACUGAAAGACUUUUCCCCUAACGUGACAUUGUUGACUGCUGGUGUGAUGCUACUCUAAUGUAAUAAAUGAUUAAGUUGUUGCAAAGUG